AUGAUUAACCGCUGCUUCGAGCUUCUACCAUUCAUCGACGCGGAGGACGACGAGUUGGCCGAGCUCCUUCCCCCGGCGGCGUCCAAGCGGCGGCUUCGGGACCUGCUCGGCGAGCUGAAGGACGUGGAGUCCGUGUCGAAGGCUCUCCAAGGCGCUGACGCAAACCUCCUCGACGUUCGCGUCUGGUUCGACGGGCUCAUUGCCGCGAAGCCCUCGUACGCCCGUUAUCUCGCACCGCGAGCUGACAUCGUCCACAGCCCCGACUUCGAGGCGGGCUGCGUCAAGGUGCUCAAAGGGCAAGCCAAGCGGCUGACCCGGGUGGAGAAGGCGGCGCUGGAGCGCUUCUUGGCGGCUCCACCAGCGGGCGAGGGCGAAUAA